CUCCUUGAAUACAUCUGCUGUCUGCUUUGGAGAAAAAGCAGGAGAGAACGGGGCGGACAGUCCGUCACUGCUCACACCAAGUUCGGCAGAAAUGGCAAGUUCUCUCCCUUUGGAAACGGUGAUGUCCUGCCCACGGCACGACGGCAUGAGCGGGGCUGCGGCGGCUCCCAAGCCUCUGGCCUUUUCCAUCGACAGGAUCAUGUCCAAGACAUCGGAACCGAAAGGCACCUCGGCCGAGCGCAGAGGACUAGAGGGUUCCGAGAGGAGGAAGACGAUCGGCCUGUGCGCGCCCGUCCCUCGCGUGAUCCCCAUUCAACCCCUCAGUCACGAGCUCCAGGCAAAGGCGCUUAUGAACUAUUCUGAGUUUUGGAAAGCUAAUUUCAGGGGAACACUGUGCAGUUCUGCGGCGCUGUGUAAAUCCACCUGUGGUUUCUGUAGCAAAUCGGACCCGGGCUUCAAGCAGUCAUUACUGCCAGGCACUCGGGUGAUCAAACCGCAAGUGUUACACCAAGCGGUGGCGAUGCCCACUAACGGAUCUUUGUACUAUUUCAACUACCUGGACUCCGCUUAUCAUCAGUCUGAACUACUAGGUGGACAUUUAUUUUCCUCCGUAAUCGCUAAUUCCCAAGCACAAGCCAUAAGCGCGCAGCAAAAACUCUUGUUGCUGGAACGCGCGAAGCUUGUCAGCGCGUCGUCCGAGAAAUUCCCGAGCCCGCAGUACCCGCACAAGGAGCGCCUACCUGGACAGCUGGACCAGAUAGUGAAAGAGAAUCAGAGCUUAGUGUCCGAAAAAAGCAGCGUGAAAGUGCAGAACAGGGCGAAUAAUUGUUCCACCGACGGCAAACCAAAAAACUUCACGUGCGAAGUGUGUGGAAAGGUGUUUAAUGCGCACUAUAACCUAACGCGUCACAUGCCGGUGCACACAGGCGCCAGACCGUUUGUGUGCAAGGUGUGUGGGAAAGGUUUCCGUCAGGCCAGCACACUAUGCAGGCAUAAGAUUAUUCACACACAAGAAAAGCCUCAUAAAUGUAACCAGUGCGGGAAAGCUUUCAACAGGAGUUCGACCCUAAACACUCACGUCCGAAUCCACGCCGGAUACAAACCGUUCGUCUGUGAAUUCUGUGGGAAAGGAUUUCACCAAAAAGGUAAUUACAAAAAUCACAAGCUGACGCACAGCGGCGAGAAACAGUUCAAGUGCUCGAUCUGCAACAAAGCCUUCCAUCAGAUCUAUAACUUGACGUUUCACAUGCACACGCACAACGACAAGAAGCCGUUCACCUGCGGGACGUGCGGGAAAGGAUUCUGUCGGAACUUUGAUUUGAAAAAACACAUACGGAAAUUGCACGAUAACGCCGCCUGUUUAUCUGCGCGUGACGAUACUUCUAGAGGACUGCAGAACUGAGGCGUCAUUGUUUGACCGGGCUUGGACAAUCUCAACAAGGUGACAAAAACUGUCGAAGGAGAACGAUGGAACG